AUGGAAGGUGAAUUGAAGCCAAUGGAUGCAGAACAACUGAGAGAGAACGCUCACAAGAUGGUAGAUUUCAUUGCUGAUUACUACAAGAACAUCGAGAAUUUCCCUGUCCUCAGCCAAGUUGAGCCUGGGUAUCUAUGCAAACUACUGCCAGAUGCUGCACCUACACGCCCUGAAACCUUGCAAGAUGUUCUUGACGAUGUUCAGGCAAAAAUAUUUCCUGGGGUGACCCAUUGGCAAAGCCCUGAUUUUUUGCAUAUUAUCCUUCUAAUAGCAGUGUUGCGGGGUUUUUGGGAGAAAUGCUCAGUGCCGGAAUUAAUAUGGUGGGAUUCAGCUGGAUAA